AACAUUUCAAUUUUAUUAUAUGUAGUUUACUGACCGGUCAAGAUGCGUUUCUUAACAAUUUUAGUCUUAUUUUCUUUUAUCUAUAUAGUUUCGUGCAAAACCCAUGUGAAAGCUUUGACUGAGUCCAUGGGCCAAGAGGUGAUUGAGAUUAGCAACCCAGUUAAAGAAUUACCAAUGGGUUUGGAUGAAGAACCGCUUUCCGAGAAAGAAGACAUAAAAAAACCUAAAGAAUCUCCUUCACUCAAGGGAAAAUAUAAAAAAAUGUCAACCGUAAGUGGCAAAGAAAAUAUGAAAGAUGUCGACAAGAUUGAUGGACUAAACCCAGAAAGCGAGGAAGAUAGGAUAGAGAAGGAACUAGCAGAGAUAUACAAAGACACUGCUGAUUACAAAAGCGAGAGCGGUGAAGAGGAGGUGGCUAAAGAAGCCUCCGUGGAUCAUCACACGUUGGAGCCUACCGUUCAGGAAUACAAAGCCAAAUACGACGAGAGCGCUGAAGACAAUGAUGAGAUUAUAAAAAACACCGAUGCACCUAUCGCAAGACAGCGAAACAGCUUCAAAAUCCACCCCGACUCGACUCGCAAAGCUGAUGUGGAGCGGUUCAGGACUUCUGUGGAAGACAUCAACUGUGAUGUGAAUAAACAGUUGCUUCACCAGGAGAACGAAAAGCCAUUCACUGUGCAGAGAGACGAGGUGGGCCGCGGGCUGAGGAGCAGGCGAGCGGCCGUGGCUGAGGUACCAUCCGAAUCCGGGUCGAUAUCUGCCAAGCAACCUCUAUGCGAACCAGAACCAGAAAAGAAGUCUAACGCGUUCUACACCACGGCCACUCAACUACCACUGUUCACUGCGUUUUUCUGCACAAUUUUCAAAUACAUAUAAUUAUAAAAAUGUCACUUAACACGUUCGUGGACAGUAACGACCACAGGCAUUUUUUUUAUGUUAAAUGGGCCGACGUUUGGCCGCUAUCUCGCCUGAUGGUAAGUGAUGAUGCGGCCUACGAUGGAGCACGUCUGCCCAUAAGCAACCUAUUCACUCGGGCUUAGAAGACGCCCAGGUUAUACCCAUGAAAACACAGACUCCGGUAAGGAGUUCCACUCCCUAGCUGUUCGCACAAGGAAGCUUGAAGCGAAGCGCUUCGUGCGAGUGGGUGGGAUAUCCGUCUACAUAGCUAAAAGUAAUACAACAGUACGUCUGUCGACGUAUCUGUUUUUAGUUCCAUAAAAUCAGUACGCCUCACGACGACUGAUUUUUCAUACUAUUGUAAAGAAUGGCAUGUUGUACUGUCACCACAGGUAUAAUUACGACUUUUGUACUGUCACUACAUUAUUUCACAUUUUUGCAUUAUGUGACACUACGCCUGUGGGCGAUGUACGAAAAAAACAAUGUCUUAGUAGCUGCAACCUGUGAGAUAGUACUGUCCAUUAAUGUGUUAAUAUACAUCAAAC